AUGAGGAAGACACAGUAUGAACACACUUUCUCCCAUAGCUCCGCCGGGCCCGGGGAGGCCUCCAGGCCCCGGGGACUCGGGCAGGCCGGGUCCCCGCUCCCCCGGACCCUCGGGGAACUCGGGGUCCCACAGGCGGGGGGAAGCUUUGAGCGCGUCUACCGGGGCCCAGAGGGGGAGGGGCGGCCCGGGACCAAGGCCAGCCGGGUCCCCUCCCCCGGGGCCUUCCAGGCCCCCCACAGACCCCGGCCCCGCCACCCAAGGGGGAGGAGCCAGAGGCCUCUGAAUGCCUUCAAGGCCCCCCACAGACCCCCGCCCGGCGACUCCCGCCCGGGCCGGGGCGGGACACUUUCAGUUUGCCAUUUUGGGAGGGGGCUGGCGCGCCCCCGGAGCCCCGCCUCCGGGCUCCGCCGGGCCGGAGGAGGUCACCGGGUCCCGGGGAGUCAGGCAGGACAGGUUCCCGCCCUCCGGGAGCUUCGGGGGUCUCGGCGCCCCACAAGCGGCGAGGAGAGCGGGCGGGGCGGGGCGGCGCGGCGGCCGGGCAAGGCAAGCCGCGUGCCCGGCAUGGAGCUCACCGAGCCUCCCCAGCCCCCCGGGCCAGGGGGGCGCGCUGAGAGACGUUCCUCAGCCCCGGUGGAGAACCGAGUGGUCGGGCCUCGAGAUUCGAAAAUCUGCCUCUGGAGCCAUCUGGACAUGGGCCCACAACGUCCUUACAGGCUUUACACUACAGCUCCAAAAACAUCCAUCACGUCGUCAGCGCCCACCGUGCGAAACCUGACACCGCGGAAGAAGAAACCCCUACUGCUGAACCUGGUGAUUUAGUGUGGAUCAGAAAAAGGAAUCCCUCCUCCCUUGAGGCACGCUGGGCUGGGCCUUAACAGGUGAUUCUAAGUACACCGACUGCCAUGAAAGUCGCAGGUAAAAGAUUUUGGAUACAUCGCUCACAAAUUAAAAAGGCAGACUCCGACCAGAACGCAGAAUGGUCCAUACAAAAAAACAUCAGAUCCCCUAAAACUUCGGCUGCAGCGACGUACGCCAUUAUGCUGACUCUAGUAACAAUGCUAGCCGCCGAGAACCCCCAUCAAGCCACUAAUUAUACGUGGCAGUUAACUUGCACCAUUGAUGGAACAGUGGUCAGCCAGAUUAGCACCCCUGGCAGCCCUAAAUUUGUUUUUGACCUAUGUAAACUCUUUGGGAGACUCUGGAAUCUACCAGAAGCUGUAAAUACCUAUUUGAGAGGGGGAAGGGUAGAGCUUUGGGGCUUCAGUUGUGGUAAAUUAGAACUGGAACGAGGGCUAUGGCGUAGUCAACAUUAUAUCUGUCUGCAAAAAGUGCCUCAAAGUGUGGGGGAGAGGAUGAUUAUUUCUGUUAUAGUUGGGGCUGUGAAACCAUAGCCCCAUGGAAAAAUGUAGAUCAUUUAUUAAAGGUCACCAGGGAGAUAAGGCCAGAAGCUCCUAUUAAAAAUUGUGUAAUUGGGAACUGUAA